UUUCGAAUUUUUAAGUAGGGAUAUUUACAUCAAGUUUCCGAUAUGUUGGUAGUAACCAAUCGGUGGUCUCUUUGGUAACCAAAAAUUAUUGAUAGAAAAAAUAACAUCAUGGUGCUACAAUUAUUAAACAAUUUUUUCAACCAAAAAUGAUAAUCUUCACUAAUCCACGCCUAUCCACUUGUCUGUGAUAGUCUUGAAGACAAUGAGCGACCCUUACUACUAUAAUUCGAGUUAUGGGCAAUACGUCAACUACCCCCCGAACUACCCCUCCCCCGACCCCCGCUGGCCCAGCUGGCAGUGGAACCAGCAGCCGUACCCCCCCAUGAUGCCCCCAUACCCGCCCCCCGCCAAUUUCAACGUCCCGCCGCCGCCCAUGGGCCACUACAACUACUACCCCCCGUACCCCGCACAAGACAAGCCCCCCAAACGCUACAAAGACCGCCCGCCGCCCCCGAGCGACUACAGCCAAGAACUGGAAUUAUACAAGCAGAAAAAAGCCACCAAUCAGCGAUCGCGUUCACCGAGACGCCGUUCCCGGUCGCCUAGAUAUUCACGUUACCGGAAACGUAGCCGCAGUCGCAGCCGCCCCCGGGAAAAACCGGUCAAAGAACGCGACCUGAUCUUGUCCAAGUGGCGGAAAAAUUACUGUUCGACGCGGGAAGAGGUCUCGAAUAAGAUCCACGAGUUGGCGAAAGUGGACCAUGAGGAGGUGCUAGAGCAGGAGAAGAAUAUCUGGACGAGGUCCACACCCUCGGACUUGUACUACAGGAAGGAUGAGAGUAAUGCGAGGGUUACAAGGGCGACGAAACGACUGACGCAACUUUGUGAUAAAUUUAACGAUUGCCUGGUUAUGAGAGCGGCGAAGGUUAAUAAGUUAAAGCCGAAAUAUGAGCCGCCGCCGCGGAAAAACCGGGCCAGGUUAUGCAAACACAAAUCUGAGGAAUCGAGCUCUUCGGGAAGCUCGGAGGAGGAGCUCACCGAUGAGGAAGACUGCACGAUGGAGGAGCUGCAGAGGAAGCAACAACACCCCGACCGCCUGCACCCGGAAAUGUGGUACAACGAUCCGGGGGAGAUGAACGACGGCCCCCUUUGCCGCUGUUCCAUCAAGUCCCGGAAAUCCGGGAUCCGGCACGGGAUCUAUCCCGGAGAAAAGCACCUGGAGAAAUGUGUUCCUGACAGCAAUAAUGCCGAGCGACUGUACCACUACCGCAUAACAAUCUCACCCCCGACUAACUUUUUAAUCAAAACGCCAACAAUCAUACACUAUGACGAGCACGAGUUCAUUUUCGAGGGCUUUUCCAUGUUCUCGCACUUUCCGUUGGAAAAACUCCCCACGUGUAAGGUGAUCCGGUUUAACAUCGAGUACACAAUCUUGUAUAUUGAGGAGAAAAUUCCCGAUAAUUUCACCGUGAGAGAGUUGGAUUUGUUUCAUGAUUAUUUAUUUCGAGAAAUUCUAGAACUGGUUGAUUUGGAUUUUAAGGCUGCAGGUGAUGUUGACGGUUGUUCCCAGUUUCAUUUCAUGCCGCGGUUUGUGCGCGAAUUGCCCGACAAUGGCAAGGAAAUUUUAGCAAUGAACGAAGUACUGCAGUAUCUUCUGGACAGUUCAGUGUCGUUAAUUGAAGAGAAGGACCUGGAGGAUAUGAUCAAGAUGACGCAGUAUGAGUGGCAGAGUUACGCUGAUGAAAUCAAAGGCAUGGUGGUGACCUACCCUGGCAAGAAACCCUGCUCGGUCCGCGUGGACCAACUGGACCGCAACAUUGACCUCCAAAAGCCAGGCGACUACAAAUUCCCCGAAAUCGUCCACUUCGGCAUCCGCCCCCCGCAACUAAGCUACGCCGGUAACCCCGAUUAUCAAAAAGCCUGGCGUGAUUACGUGAAAUUCCGCCACCUAUUGGCAAACAUGUCGAAGCCGACAUUCGAGGACAAACGCAAACUCGAAUCCAAGGAAAACAAACUGCAAGAAAUGCGAACCCAAGGCAAGAUGAAACGGGAUAUCACGGUCGCCGUGUCCGCCGAGGGAUUUUACCGGACUGGGAUUAUGUGCGACAUAAUCCAGCAUGCCAUGCUCAUCCCGGUCCUGGUGUGCCACUUGAGGUUUCACCACUCGCUCAAUAUCCUGGAAGAGUCGGUGAAUUACAAGUUUAAGAAUCGGGCGUUACUGCAGUUGGCUUUGACGCAUCCCUCGUAUCGGGAGAAUUUCGGGACGAAUCCCGACCAUGCCCGGAAUUCCCUCACGAAUUGCGGGAUUAGACAGCCGGAGUAUGGGGAUAGGAGGAUCCAUUAUAUGAAUACGCGGAAGCGCGGGAUUAAUACGUUGAUUAAUAUCAUGUCGAGGUUUGGGAAACAGCAGGAGACCGAGUCGAAUAUUACGCAUAAUGAGAGGUUGGAGUUUUUGGGCGAUGCUGUGGUUGAGUUCUUGAGUUCCAUUCAUUUGUUUUACACUUUUCCCGAUUUGGAGGAAGGCGGCUUGGCGACAUAUCGGGCGGCGAUUGUUCAAAAUCAACACUUGGCCGUUUUGGCUAAAACUCUGAAGUUGGAUCAGUUCAUGCUGUAUGCGCAUGGGUCGGAUUUGUGCCACGAUUUGGAGCUGAGGCAUGCCAUGGCCAACUGUUUUGAGGCCCUGAUGGGGGCGCUGUUCCUAGAUGGAGGGAUAAAUGUAGUGGAUCGGGUCUUUUCCGAAACCCUGUUCAAAGUCAACCCCGACUUGCUCGAGGUUUGGAUGAACCUCCCGCCUCACCCUUUACAAGAACAGGAACCGACAGGUGACAGAGAAUGGAUUCCGAAAUUCGAACUUUUGCAAAACUUGACAAAAUUCGAAGAAAGUGUCGGCUUGCAAUUCAACCACAUUCGGCUUUUGGCCCGAGCUUUCACCGACCGAAGUGUCGGUUACACAAACCUAACGCUGGGUUCUAACCAACGGUUGGAAUUUCUCGGAGAUACGGUUUUGCAACUUAUAGCCUCGGAAUACUUGUAUAAGUAUUUCCCCGAACAUCACGAGGGGCACUUAUCGUUGUUGCGCAGUUCUUUGGUCAAUAACCGCACCCAGGCCGUGGUUUGUGACGAUCUGGGAAUGUCAAACUAUGCCGUUUACAACAACCCGAAAGCCGAAUUGAAGACUAAAGACCGCGCUGAUUUACUGGAAGCCUUUAUUGGGGCGCUUUAUGUGGACCAGGGGCUAGAAUUCUGCGAGGUUUUCUGCCAAGUGACUCUAUUCCCGCGCCUCCAGGACUUCAUAAUGAACCAGGACUGGAACGACCCCAAGUCCAAGCUCCAGCAAUGUUGCCUCACCUUGCGGACCAUGGAUGGGGGCGAACCGGACAUUCCGGUUUAUAAGGUGAUCGAAUGCAAAGGCCCCACUAACACGCGCGUGUACACCGUGGCGGUGUAUUUCCGGGGGCGGCGCCUCGCCAGUGCCAUGGGCCACAGCAUCCAACAAGCCGAGAUGAACGCGGCCAAGAAGGCGCUGGAAAUCUCGCAAGAUUUGUUUCCACAGUUGGAUCACCAAAAGCGAGUCAUUGCGAAAAGCAUGAAGAAGCAGAAGAAUAAGAAGCGGAGGAGGAGCAGGUCGAGGUCGGGGCUGAAAUUCGGGUUUAGGACGCGGUCGCCGGAGAGUUACUCCAGGAGGAGGUUUCAGAGGUCUAGGUCGAGGUCGAAGGUCACGAGUGAGAGUGACAGCUCGCCCAGGUGUAGUACUAGUAAGGCUAAGGCGUAUUUAUCGACUGAGGAUUUAAGUGAUUAGGAAUAACGCUACUAUGAUUUUUGUGAUAGCUUUUUAAGUCUCAGGUCUCACUCUAAAAGGGUUUUAUUCCGGUUUUACGCAUUAUUGGGUGUAUUAAUUUGAUUGAUUUUAAUUAGACGGCUUACAAGUU